UCAAAGAAGUAAGUUGUCUGGUCAGCAACUUUAUUUUUUGGUUUUAACCGAACAAUUUCGGCGGUGGAUUUCAAAGAAAUUUUUCCAUAGGUAGCCAAUACAAUGUAUAUAAUACAAAUUUUGCGAAUAAAUAAAGCGUAACAGCUGCAGGCAGUUCUUUGCGGUUACUAAAAAGUCUUUUAUAUAAUAUUUCUGAAUACCACACGCAUUACUACCAAUUUCGAAGAAUUCAGUUUCUUCAUUUUCCCUUUCUCAGACACUUUGCCAUAAAAUGAAUCGAAAUAUAACGGUUAUCGUUAUUUACUUAUUAUCCCUCUCGCUUACCAAAACAACGCAAGCGCAAUCAAUUGAUGAUUUGCUAAGUAAAAUAUUUUCAACUCCACGACCACAACCACAAACUGAUGUUGAUGGUGGAAAAGCUUGCGGCGUAAACAAAGAGUGCAUUGAGCGUUUCCUUUGCGGUGAAAAUGGUGCAGUGAUAAGAAAUGGUGAAACUCUCAUUGAUAUACGCUUCGGUGAUGAAAAUGCAUGUAACUAUUUGGAAGUGUGCUGUAGUACCGAACAAAAGUUAACGGAACCGAAUGUGCCCAUCAAACCAGCUGAGACCCAAACGGGUUGUGGUUAUCGUAAUCCAAGCGGUGUUGGCUUUAGAAUUACAGGCGAUAAAGAUGGCGAGUCACAGUUUGGUGAAUUUCCUUGGAUGGUUGCCAUUUUGCGUGAUGAGGUAAUUGGUGGUGAGACUUUACAUGUUUACGAAUGCGGUGGGGCCGUAAUUGCGCCAAAUGUCGUCUUGACAGCUGCACAUUGUGCGCAAAAUGCUCAGCCACACUUAUGUACAGUACGGGCCGGUGAGUGGGACACCAAUACCAAACAGGAAGUGUUACCACAUCAAGACGUACGUGUCAAGGAGAUUAUUCGUCAUGAGCGCUACAACAGAGGCACACUCUACAAUGAUGUAGCGCUUUUCAUUUUGGCAACACCCUUCACUUGGGCGGAAAAUGUACGUCCUAUCUGUUUGCCGGAACCGAACGCAAAUUUCGACUAUACACGUUGUUUUGCCACCGGUUGGGGCAAAACGAAGUUUGGCAAAGAAUCCGAUUAUCCGAUAAUUUUAAAGAAAAUCGAACUGCCUACAGUGCCACAUGAUGUUUGUCAAGCAAAUCUACGUAAAACACGUCUGGGGCGAUUUUUCCAAUUACAUCAUAGUUUCAUGUGUGCCGGUGGUGAGGAGGACAAAGAUGCCUGUAAUGGGGAUGGCGGCUCACCAUUAGUAUGUCCGGACCCAAAUAACCCGAAACGUUACUAUCAAGCUGGCAUUGUAGCUUGGGGUAUCGGUUGUGGUGCUAUUAAUGUUCCGGGAGUCUACGCGAAUGUGGCAUAUCUGCGCAAUUGGAUAAAUACGCACCUGGCUGCACGUGGCAUUGAUUUUCAACAUUUCACGAUCUGAGGAGUUGUUUCUGUUUUAAGUUUGGUAAAAAAUUUAUUGAAUGUGAUAUUGAGAAAUACAGAUAUAAAUAAAUAUAUAUAUCAAAUUUGAUCCAA